GCGGGGCCUCGGAGCCAAGACGAGGUUGAGUAGACUCGUUUUGAAUUUUCUCCCCUCUGCUCCGGCGGACUUCCCUCCUCGCCUCGUGGGGCUCUCGGCGGCGGCAGAACUGGGGAAGUCGGAGGUUUGGCAGAGCUGUCUACGUCCAUGGACCGGACGCUACCUCCCAACCCCCCUUUCUUCCUCCUCUCUCCUCCUCCAGUCACCCCUGACCCUCCCGGGCUCAAACUACUGCCGGCCCCCGCCCCCAGCAGCAUCCCGGCACUGGCAGCGGCCUCCGCGUCCCGCCUCGGGGCCUUUUUGGGGUCCUCCAUGGCAGGGCCUACUAGCUCCGGCCCGGGAGGGGGCUCGCGGGCCCCGGGGAGGCAGGCUGGAGGAGGAGGAGGUUAGGUGUUUGAAGGAGGGUUGCUGAGCCGGAGGACUGGCCACUGUGGCGGAGACGUAACCGGACCCCUUGGGCGGAGCGCCCAGUGUGUGGUCCCUCACGUUGCCCUGCACCCCGCUCUUUAGGGUCUUUCUCCCUAUUCUGAGCCCUUUUAUACCUUAUGUUUAAAAGGGGGAAAGCACCCUCUCACACCUUCUCCUCCGCUUUUUUUUUUUUUGUCUUGAAGUUUCCCAAUGGCUUAUGUCUUGUUCUCAGUGGUCCUAAGUAUAUUACUCUAAUUCAAUAUAGUUGUUUUUCUGAGUGAGGAUGGAUGGAGAGAUAACUAUCCAGAUUCCAAAGUCAUUUUUUAAGGCCUUCACCAGAAAAGCUCCAAGAGAGGGACUUCAAGAGACUGCAGUUUAGAAUCAGGCAAAACUGGAUUGCAAAAUUUAUGGGCAGAGCGGUAUGUGUGCAGAGAAAAUGCUGCUGUGAAGACACAAUUAUAGCUUUCACAUAAAUGAAGCUACAGCUAUUAUUAUUUAGUGCCCCCAAAAGGAAGAACUUCAGUGGACAAGAAAGGGCAUUUCUGGGGGAAUAGAAUGCUUGAAGCCUGGAAUUUAAACUUGAGCCACUGCCUGAAGCAAUUAAAUAAUAGAAGAAAAUGGAAUUGAAUAUAUCGGCAUGGAACAGUCUAAUGAUUCACUAAGAGUCAACCAUAAUGAUAGUGAAGAGUCAAAAACAGAUGCUCAGCAUCUAACCUGUAUGGACUCCAGGGAUUCUUCCUUUGGACAAAAUGAUACUCCUGCAGUUUUGCCCAUCACUACUCCUGAAGCAAAUAAUUCACUCACAUCACAGAAUAUACCAGGGCCCCUGACUCAGACCCAGACUCUUUCUGCAGAGCAAUUCCAUCUAGUGGACCAAAAUGGGCAACCUAUUCGAUAUGAACUUCAGUCAUUGGGGGAUUCUAAUGCACACAUGAUGAUCGUUGCCAGCCCAUCAGAAAAUGGACAGGUACUUCGUGUAAUUCCAUCUACCCAGACAAGAAUGGCACAAGUGAUUUUACCUCAGGGGCAGCUUGUGGAUGUGAAUAGUCGGGAUGUCUGUGAAGAGAAACCCAAUGACAGAAACUUACCAACUGUAAGAAUAAAUGCAUUAGCAGACAAUACCAGUAGUUAUAUUCUUCAUCCACAAACAUCCCUCACAUUGCCCAAAAAGUCAGUGGCCAGAAUGCUUGAAGAACCUUUUCUGGCUCCUCUUCAGCCACUUUCUUCUAACACACCUGUAUGGGCCUGUCGUCUUAGGAGCUGUGAGAAAAUUGGAGAUUCAUAUCGUGGCUACUGUGUAAGUGAGACUGAGUUAGAAAGUGUCCUAACAUUUCACAAGCAGCAAACACAGAGUGUUUGGGGGACUCGCCAGUCUCCAAGCCCAGCGAAGCCUGCUACACGCUUGAUGUGGAAAUCCCAGUAUGUCCCAUAUGAUGGAAUCCCAUUUGUCAAUGCAGGAAGUAGAGCUGUGGUAAUGGAGUGUCAGUAUGGGCCAAGGAGAAAAGGUUUCCAGUUAAAAAAAAUCAGUGAGCAGGAAAGCAGGUCCUGUCAGCUCUACAAAGCCACUUGUCCAGCUCGGAUUUACAUUAAGAAGGUACAGAAGUUUCCUGAAUAUAGAGUUCCUACGGACCCCAAAAUUGAUAAGAAAAUAAUCAGAAUGGAGCAGGAGAAAGCCUUUAACAUGCUAAAGAAGAACUUGGUAGAUGCCGGUGGUAUUCUUAGGUGGUAUGUACAGUUACCUACACAGCAAGCUCAUCAGUAUCAUGAAUUGGAGACUCCCUGCCUCCCUUUGUCACCUUCCCCUUUUCCUGUGUCUUCUCUUGAAGAAGAGGAAACUGCAAUUAGAGAUGAGAAUUGUGCAUUACCCUCACGUUUACAUCCUCAAGUCGCACAUAAGAUUCAAGAAUUAGUAUCACAGGGAAUAGAACAAGUGUAUGCAGUAAGGAAACAGCUAAGAAAGUUUGUGGAAAGGGAAAUGUUCAAACCUGAUGAGGUACCUGAAAGACAUAAUUUAUCUUUUUUUCCAACUGUAAAUGAUAUAAAAAAUCAUAUCCAUGAGGUACAGAAAUCCUUGAGAAAUGGAGAUACAGUAUAUAACUCAGAGAUUAUUCCAGCAACGCUUCAGUGGACUACAGACAGUGGGAAUAUUCUCAGAGAAACUGUGACAGUUACAUUUGCAGAAGGAAAUUCACCACGAGAAUCAGUUACCACCAAAGGAGAAACAAAUCAGACAGGAGGUUCUUUGUCUCAUGAGCCAACCCACUUGAUCUCCUCACUUUCCUCAUUUCAGCCAAAAAUAUUUACACAACUACAGGGUUUGCAGUUACAACCAAGGUUCUCCUCUUCUGAUGCAUCACCGGCUCUGAUACCAGUAAAUAACCACCCCUCCUCCAGUCCUUCAAGACUUCUGAAUUCAAUAGGAAGUGCUGUAAUGAAUAAUAAUUCUCUACUGCUUGGUCAGAGUCAUAGCCUUCAAACAGAUACAUGCCUAACCCAAAACAAUAGUACCGCCUCUACCAUGGGUAACCUUCCAGGACCGGAUCAAAAUCUAGUUGCAAUGGAUCAGCUAGUUGAAGUUGGAGAUGUUGAGGAUACGGGGAAUCUGGAAGGAAGCGUUCAUCAGAUUCUGUUGGGAGAUGUGCAGACCAUUCCAGUACAGAUUAUAGACAACCACCCAGCUCUUAUUGAAGAAAAUCCAGAAGGUAUCAUUUCUGUGAGCCAAGUUAAGCAAGAACCCAAAGAACCAGCAUUGUCUAUGGAAGGAAAAAAAAAUAUGGACUGUAAAAAACUAUCUGCUACAUAAAUUAUUGAAGCAUUUCAGAAUUUACAACUUUGGUGACUUCUGAUAUCUUAGAAAAGAAGGUGAAUAUUGUCAGAAUUUGUCAUCGUGAUAACUGCAUUGAAGACUGAUUUGAUAAGAAGCUUUGAUUUAAAACUGAUAUAUUUGUUGCCAAUUCCAUAUUUUUACCUUGAGAUAUUUUACUCUUUUCAUUUUGUAUAAUUUUUAUGCUUUUGAUUAUCUAAUAAGGCCAGUAUUUCAAAAGCUUUCCUGAACUCAUCCACAGUAAUAUAGUCUGAAUACAAAUAGUUAUCUAAUUCAUCUUGGAAAUAUCCAAUUUUGAUUCUUACAAGACAGAAAAGAACAACAACAAAAACAAUGUGUGAGUGUGUGCUUGUAUGUGUUUAUGUAUGUCAUGAAUUUUUUUUUAACUUCUGAAAGAACUUAUUCUCUCUUUAAAGUUGUGAAGAAACUUUUAAUUGGCAGCAGGUAAGAGAAUAUUUGUAGUCUGUUUCAUUUGGAAAGAUAAAACAAUAGAUUUUACAUCAUGACACAAAGCCCAGCAGUCAUGUCCGUGAAACCAUACAGUUGCAUUUUAGCCUUUUCUCUUCUAUUUUUUAUACUUUUAACUACAAACCAAUAGCAUACUAUUGGUUAUGUCAUAGAAAUUUAAAGUGUCUUGGUAAGUACUAUUAAUUUUAACUUGAAUUAAUCAGAUAAGCAGCAGAAUCAAUGUAUGCAUGUAAUUGUACUAUAUUGAAGGUAAAACACUACAAGUGGAAAGAUAUAGAAAUUUAGAGAAUUUGGAAAGAAUAAUAGACUUCCUUGGUGUUUACAGAUGGUUUGGGGAACUUUGUGAUGAUAGCAAAGUAUUUCCCUCCCUUUUUUGUAUUGAAGAUUCAGCUCCAAUUAGAAAAUAAUUUGAAUUGUAUUUACAUUUUUCUAUGCCAGAGUUCUUACUGAAUUGAUGAUAUUAAGAUUUAUAGUAUUUCAAGGUAAGUAUUUAUAGUUUAAAACUUAGUUCAUAUUUAAAACUUUAAAAUGUCUGAUCUGGUUUAUUUCCUUGUUAAGUAAGUAUAUUUACUUCAAAUACCAAAUAACUACUGAGCAGUAUAUUCAUUAUAAGCAUCUGUCUUCUGGAAGAUUGGUAAACUAAAAAUGUCAACUAUCGCUGUCAAGAAAUCAACCUUAACACUUUUGUUUUUUCAGAGACCAUUUGUGGAUAUAUUUUAAAUUUUACUCUAAAAAAAUAGAGAGUUCAAAUGGAUAUUAAUGUUUAAUAUUCAGAGCAUACACAAUAUAAUGUGAAAUUUAACCUCAAUAAAGGUUAAAUUUAUUUCAUUUAAGGUUAAGUCAUUAAUGAGUUACUUAAUUCAUUACAUAAAUAUGAGUCACUUUUGGGUUUUCUGAGUCCAGUCUCCUUGAUUCACUUUGUUUCAGGUACAUGAGAUGUAUCUAAAUACAAAGCACUGUUAAAAUAGAAGUAGGUGGAAUUCUAAAAUUCCUUCUCUUUAGAUCUCUGUUGUAUUUAACAUGAAGUUUAUUAUUUAUACCUUAUUUAAGGCAAAGUUAAUAUUUAGUUAUAUAUAAUUUUUGAUAAGAAUUUCUUUUAUUUUUCCUACAAAUUGAAAGUAUUUGAUAUUGGAAUUUAUGGAGGCAGGUUGCCAAAUUUUAUUAUGUUAUGCACUUAGUCACCUCCAGUCCAGAUUUCUCUUAGUCUUUGUGUACUUAAAAGGAAUAAAUCCAAAUUAAUUUAUAAUUUAGUGCUGGUAAUGGUUUAUUAUUAAGUAUUUUACCAAUUGAACUAUAUUCUUUUGGAGACAUUCCUUCUUUUUUGAUGUUGAGUUGCUAAGGAGAAAUGCUUGUUAAUAUAUGAAAGUUAGUCAGUUACCUAUAAAGAUGAGAGAUGUCACAGGGUUCAGACUUUGGUAUAGUUAAAAAAUACUUCUCUUACUUCAUCCAUAUGUAUGUCUCUUCUGAUACUGUUUUUUAUCAUGAGGACAGAAAGUUAGAGUGCAUCAUACCCACAAACAAAAACCAAAACAAAACUGCCCUACAAAAGCAAGAGCAUGAAGAAAGAUUUAAACCCCUAAUUGUAUACUCUUUUGGUUUUUAGGUAGAAACUGGAACUAUCAAUAUUUUCAUGUAAGUAUUUGAAUAGUAGCUCUUUAAAAAUGGUUUCUAAAUGAGUUUAUAAAAAUUCAUUGUCCUCUAAAUGCAUGUUUAGUCAACAAUAUCAAUAUUGUGUUUAAAGGUGCUCAGCAUCACUUUUUGAAAACUAUGUUUACAUAUUUAAAUGUUUAAUUAUUUUUAAAUGCAUAGGGUAUUAAAUAUAAGUAUAUAACAUUUUCAGUAUCUAUGUUUGGCAUUCUCCUAACAGCUCUACAGCAAAGUUUGACAUAUGUUCUUUUGUGUCAUGUAUUACAAGGUGUACUAUCUGCAGGAGUGAGUUUGACAUUCAAAAUAAGCAAUUAGAAAUUUACAAUUACAGCUCAUCUUGUUUCUUCAUUGUAGUUUUCAUGUUCCAAACCUCUAAGUGAACUAUAUAUACACUUCAGUGAAUUACAGAUAAAUAGCCAUGGUGGGCCUUUUCCUCGAUACCAAUUUUCUGUGUAAGCACUUAGUAUACCUAAAAGAAAAUUUUUGUAUAUAUUAUGCAAGGUAAAUGUUUCCUAAAUGUCACAAAAGUGGGAGAAAACAGGUUUGGGAUCUGGUCCUGCAUUAAAAGUUUUGAAUUUUGAGGCCUACCAGCAUGUGUUUCAUCUUCUUUACAUCCUGUUAAAAUAUAUUCUUAAUCAUGUGAUUAUGAGAAAGAUGUUGUUUCAUUUGUACCAGGUUUAAAAAGAGGUUUAAAAAAAUGUGUGUAUAUUUAUAUUGUAACUUAAUGUAUAGUAUCCUUGUUAUAAUGUAAUUUUUUCAUUAAAAAUCCUGUGUUAUUUUUUCUUA